CGAAGAGGGAUGUCACACAAGCUAAUAGCCUUACCUGACGAUUGCUUCAAUGAACGCGGUAAAGCGACAUUGUUGAAUGUACCGCGUCCAUUAUGCACCAAUCAAUCAAUUUUAGUAGCAUUAUCAGCAACAAGUAGUAAAAUAUACGAAUUGCAUGCUAUUCAAGCGCGUAAUGAGGAUCGAAGGUGCUGGUUUGUUGACCAAUUGGUUGUCUCUGAUCCUCACCUUAUCACUGCAACUCCACUUGAUCCUACUUUCAUUCUCUCGGCGUUGUUAUUGUCUAUACCAGAGUAUGUUAGGAAUACUUAUAGUAGAUAUGACGAUGUUAUAGACACACUCAGGAAUACAUUCCCAGAAUCUAGAGAUCUUCUACCCUUGCUCGAAUCAGAUGCACUAAAGUCUGUGACUGAUAAAUGCUGCGAUAGUAAGGAAUUAUCCGAGGAUGAAUUGGUUUACAAAUUCUCGACUGAAAAGUUCAUGGAAUAUAUUGAUAGAAAGAUAAGCAGAUGCUUGAGCGUCAUCACAGCAGAGAGAGACAUCAAGUCGCUUGAACCGUCACCCCAUCAUUUACUGACACCAGAAUUAACAUUGCAAUCAUACAAGAAAAACAUCAUUGACACCAUUUUGUAUAGCAUACCAAGAAGUCUACACGCCCAGAUCAAGGAAAGGCAUCCGAUGCCAGAUUUAGACGCACACGAGGAGAAAGCUAGCAAGGAAAAAUUCAAAUCUGAUACUCUCAUCCGUUCAAACAAAGGAUAUGACGAAGGUAAAGAACUAGAUAACGAUGACAAGCAGAAGAAACCAGCGAAGGGUACCAGGGGCUCAGAGCAGCUGAAGAAAGUAGAUACUAGAAAGAUGAUGAAAUUGGACGGUUUCUUCGCAAAAAAACCAGCAAAAACUGAUCAGAAAGAGAAUGACACGGAGGCAUAAAUUAUCAAAACGUACAUCUAUACCCAUUAUUCUUUUUGACACAUAAAUAAUGCCACUGGAAAUGCUAUUUCUAGGGGUUUAUCGCCACCAACUUCCUCUUUGAUAUCCUUGUUGAGCUGUUCUAUAAGUUGUGUAUUUGCAUUUGACUGUUCCAGAUAUUUGGAAUAGCUAGACCACGUCGAAAUAUACUCAGAGAAUGCGCUGAUUGAGGUACUAUUUUUGAGUACAUAGCCAGUCUCUUUAUCAAAGAACUGCCUUUGAGUGUUGACACCCCAUUCCGGGAAUUCUACAUCUCGAAGUAGAUUAACAAGGAAUCGCCUACCAGGCUGUUGCCAAUAAGGUUGCAAGAUAUCUUUAACACGUUGAAAUGCACUCAAGUUAGGAUAGUUUAGCACUUCUAUGUCACCGUAAACAAGGUACACUAAUGAACCACCAGAUCUGAGCGAUGCACCGAUGUCCUUCCAUAGACCGCAAUUUGAGGUGUUAUUCGGUGGACUAUGGAACCAAUGAGCAGCCUGAGCACUAACGAUGAGGUCAGCUGGUUCAGAUAGUAAACUUGGGAGUUCAUUGGCAAGUCCCUGAUGUAAUUCGACAUUCUUUAGUCCAUCCAAUUGCUUCUUUGCUUCGUUCAACAUAUUAGAAGAUGGAUCUACACCCAGUACAUGAUUCGAACGCUCUGAUAGGUAGCUGGUGAUAGUACCAGGACCACAACCUAAAUCUACACUUAAAGCACUGCCACUUUUAUGAUACUCGAAUAUUUUAUUCAGGAGGUCUUCUGUGUAUCUAGGACGAGCAGCGGCAUAAUUUGAUGAAGAGAAA